AGCGGAGCGGAGCGCGGCGGCUGCUGGCUGGGGACGAGUGAACGAAAACCCAGCAGGCCAAGUCCCUCGUCACCGCCAGGUUCCAGUGAUGCCCUUGAAUUCAGUGGGGGACACGCCCUUCGACCCAAGAUCGCAGCUGCUCCUCCUGCGCUCAGGCACGGCCUCCGAGCUCGGACCCUCACUUGACCACUUGCCCACCAGUAGAGGGCCGAACCCGGGCCUGGGCCUGCACCGCAGCUCCCCACACGUGCCCACCAGCUGCCUCCUGGACUCCAGUGGCCAACACCUGUGCCAGGUGCCCGCCGAGCCGCAGGAGGUGGGGUGCGGCUGGCGGGCCUGUGCCCCCACCUGCCUGCAGGUGCUCCACACACCACAGGGCUUCCUGUUCUUCCUCUGUGUGGCGUCCUUCCUGCAGGGCGCGGCCGUCAAUGGCCUGGUCAACACCGUCGUCACCUCCUUGGAGCGCCGAUUCGACCUGCACAGCUACCAGAGCGGCCUCAUCGCCAGCUCUUACGACAUCGCCUCCUGCCUGUGUCUCACCUUCGUCAGCUACUUUGGGGGCCAGGGCCACAAGCCGCGCUGGCUGGGCUGGGGCGUGCUGGUCAUGGGAACCGGCUCACUUGUGUUCGCGCUGCCCCACUUCACCGUCGGCCGUUACCAGGCGCAGGUGGCAGAGGGGGUCGGAGCCUGCCCCGCUGACCGGAGCACGGGGUGUGCUGACCAUGCCUCUGGCCUGUCGAGCUACCGGCUGGUCUUCAUGCUGGGCCAGUUCCUGCACGGCAUGGGGGCCACGCCCCUCUACACACUGGGCGUCACCUACCUAGAUGAGAAUGUCAAGUCCAGCCACUCGCCCAUCUACUUCGCCAUCUUCUACACCAUGGCCAUCCUGGGGCCUGCUGCCGGCUACCUGAUCGGAGGGGCGCUGCUGACCGUCCACACUGACCUGGGCUCCCGGACGGAGCUGAGCACCUCGAGCCCCCGCUGGGUUGGCGCCUGGUGGGUCGGCUUCCUGGGCACGGGGGCCGCUGCCUUCCUCCUUGCCAUGCCCAUCCUCGCCUACCCCAGGCAGCUGCCAGGUUCCCGGCGCUAUGUGGUCAUGCAGGUGACAGAGACGCAGCAGCUGGGAGACAGCGGCCACAAGGCCACCAGCAACCAGGACUUCAGGAAGAGUCUCCGGGACCUGCCACUCUCUGUCUGGCUUCUGCUGAAGAACCCGGCCUUCCUCCUGCUGUGCCUGGCAGGGGCCACGGAGGCCACGCUCGUCGCUGGGAUGUCCACGUUCGGCCCCAAGUUCUUUGAGGCACAGUUUAGCCUCAGCGCCUCGGAAGCCGCCACCUUGUUCGGGUUCCUGGUGGUGCCGGCGGGCGGCGGCGGCACGUUCCUGGGCGGCUUCCUCCUCAACAGGUUCAAACUGCGCGGUCCCAGCGUGGUCAGGCUGUGCCUGCUUUGUACCCUCACCAGCCUGCUGGCCACCCUGGUCUUCCUCACACACUGCCCCAACGCGCCCGUGGCAGGGGUGACGGCCGCCUAUGACGGGAGCCCCCUGCCCGAAGGCCACCAGAACCUGACCGCUGCCUGCCAUGCUGCCUGCGGCUGCCGGCCCGAGCACUACAGCCCGGUGUGUGGCGCCAAUGGCCUCACCUAUUAUUCCCCGUGCCACGCGGGCUGCCCUGCGGCCACCGAGGAGGACCCUGCCGGCCAGAGGGUGCACCGAGGCUGCAGCUGUGUGCCUCGGAACUUGUCCUAUGGCCCUGGCCAGGCCACGGCGGGGAGGUGCCCCUUAGCCUGCCACAACCGGCCGCUGCUCCUGGCUUUCACAUUCCUUCUCAUUUUCCUUACCCUCCUCGGCAGCAUCCCGGCGCUCACGGCCACUCUGCGGUGCGUCGGGGAGCAGCAGAGGUCCUUUGCGCUGGGAAUCCAGUGGCUCGUGGUCAGGACGCUAGGGAGUAUCCCAGGGCCCAUCGCCUUUGGCUGGGUGAUUGACAAGGCCUGCCUGCUCUGGCAGGACCAGUGUGGCCAGCCGGGUUCCUGCUUCGUGUACCAGAAUGGGGCCAUGAGCCGCUACAUGCUGGGCGUGGGGCUCACGUACAAGGUGCUGGGCCUCAUCUUCUUUGCUGGCGCCUCUUACCUGUAUAAGCCCCCGCCGGCGGGGUCUCCGGAUGGCCUGGAGGCCUCUCUACCCAGCCAGUCCUCGGCCUCCGACAGCCCUGCGGACCCUAACCCCCGGGGAGACGUCUGACCUGCCCCCGCCCAGUGGUGCUGCACAGACGCUGGCCAAGUGGGCCACAACACCCAGGAUCCAUGG